AUGUCCAAGAUGCCAAAUCCAGAGAAGAAGUUGUUCAGGAUGCCAAGCGCAGAUGCCGAGAUGGCUGCACUGCACAAGGAAUGGGAUGAUGCUCGGUGUCCAAUUUGCAUGGACCAUCCUCACAAUGCUGUACUUCUGUUGUGCAGUUCUCAUGACAAAGGAUGCAGAUCCUACAUAUGUGAUACAAGCUACAGACACUCAAAUUGCCUAGACAGAUUCAGGAAAAUGAAAGUGAACCGCAUGGACAGUUCAUCACAGCCAAGCUCUUCCUUGCCUGGAGAUACAAGUAACCAAAGUGCUUCACAGAGAUCCCAUCUCGGUCCCAGUAGAGGGAGCCCCAGGCUGUUAAUCGAUGUACCUGAAUUCCGUGAAAAUCUCAGUCAUGAACAUGUCAUCCGUAGCCCUGCAGCCGUAUCUGGACAACAAGAAGGAACUAACUAUAAUCAAGGUCCAGUAACAUUGGAAGCUCUUAUGGGACAAGUGACUGGGCAAGUCGAGUCAGCUGAGGCAUCCAACUCAAACGAAUUGAUGUGCCCACUGUGUAGGGGUGCUGUGAAGGGCUGGGAGAUCAUCAAAGAUGCCAGACAGUACCUGGAUGAGAAGCCAAGAAGCUGCUCGCGGGAAGCAUGCGCAUUUUCUGGUACCUAUGGUGCGCUCCGUAGACAUGCCAGGAGGGUGCACCCCACUACCAGGCCUGCUGAUGUGGACCCAUCAAGGCGCCGCGCGUGGCACCGCCUGGAGAACCAGCGAGAGUAUGGUGACAUAAUGAGCGCAAUCAGGUCGGCUAUGCCUGGGUCAGUUGUGCUUGGAGAUUACGUCAUUGAAGGUGGGCCAAGUGCAGAUGAGCGUGAAGACGGUGGGCCAAGUGAGCGAAGUGGGUCUCUGUUGACAACGUUCUUUCUAUUCCAUAUGAUGAACAGUGGUCCGCUGAGAUCAGGAGACGAGCCAAGAGCCUCAUCAAGGGCCCUGAGAAGGCAGAGGCGCCGCUACCUGUGGGGAGAGAACUUGCUAGGCCUCCAAUACGACGACGACGACGAUGAUGAGGAUGAGGAUAGCCUAGACGAGGAGGUUCAGAGGCCCAGGACUCGCAGGAGGUUCGUGAGGUCAAGGUCGGAGGAGCGGCGCUGA